CCCGGGGGCGCAGCGCGGGCGCCGAGUCUUCGCGGGCUUUGCCGCCGCCUCCGCCUCUGCGGCCGCCGCCGCCGCUGGUGGGGGAGCCGCGGGCUUGGGGGGGGAGGAGGGCGCGCGUGGUGCCGGCGGGGGGCGGCGGCGCCCCCUCCUCCUCCUCGGACAUGGCCGCGGCGGUGGCGGUGGCGGCCGCGUCCCGCCGGCAGUCGUGCUACCUGUGUGACCUGCCCCGCAUGCCCUGGGCCAUGAUCUGGGACUUCACCGAGCCCGUGUGCCGCGGCUGCGUCAACUACGAGGGCGCCGACCGCGUCGAGUUCGUCAUCGAGACGGCGCGGCAGCUCAAGCGGGCGCACGGCUGCUUCCAGGAGGGCCGCUCCCCGCCCGGCACCGCCACCCCAGCCGCCGCCAAGCCGCCGCCGCUGUCGGCCAAGGACAUCCUCCUGCAGCAGCAGCAGCAGCAGCAGCUGGGCCACGGCGGCCCCGAAGCCGCCCCGCGCGCCCCGCAGGCCCUGGAGCGCUACCCGCUGGCCGCCGCCGCCGAGCGCCCCUCGCGCCUGGGCUCCGACUUCGGGGCCGGCCGCCCGGCCGCAGCCGCCUUGGCGCAGCCGCCGACGCCGCAGCCGCCGCCCGUCAAUGGGAUCCUGGUGCCCAACGGCUUCUCGAAGCUGGAGGAGCCGCCCGAACUGAACCGCCAGAGCCCGAACCCGCGGCGCGGCCACGCCGUGCCCCCCACCCUGGUGCCGCUUAUGAACGGCUCGGCCACGCCGCUGCCCGCAGCUCUGGGGCUCAGCGGCCGCGCCGCCGCCUCCCUGGCCGCCGUGUCGGGGGCCGCGGCCGCAGGCCUGGGCUCGGCGCAGCCCCCCGAGUUGAGCUCGCACAAGCGGCCGGCGUCCGUGUCCAGCAGCGCGGCGGCAGAGCACGAGCAGCGCGAGGCGGCAGCCAAGGAGAAGCAGCAGCCGCCGCCCUCGCACCGGGGCCCCGCCGACAGCCUGUCCAGCGCGUCCGGAGCCGCGGAGCUGGGCACCGAGGGCGCGAGCAAAGGCCGCGGGCCGGGAGAGCAGGACUGGGUCAACAGGCCCAAGACCGUGCGCGACACGCUGCUGGCGCUGCACCAGCACGGCCACUCGGGACCCUUCGAGAGCAAGUUUAAGAAGGAGCCGGCCCUGACUGCAGGCAGGUUGUUGGGUUUCGAGGCCAACGGGGCCAACGGGUCUAAAGCAGUAGCAAGAACAGCAAGGAAAAGGAAGCCUUCACCUGAACCAGAAGGUGAAGUUGGCCCUCCUAAAAUCAAUGGAGAGACACAACCAUGGUUGUCUACCUCCUCAGAAGGUCUCAAGAUCCCCAUUACUCCUACAUCAUCUUUUGUGUCUCCACCACCACCCACUGCAUCACCCCAUUCCAACCGGACCACACCGCCUGAAGCAGCCCAAAAUGGCCAGUCCCCCAUGGCAGCCCUUAUCUUAGUUGCAGACAAUGCAGGAGGCAGUCACACCUCAAAAGAUGCCAACCAGGUUCACUCCACUACUAGGAGGAAUAGCAGCAGUCCACCCUCUCCAUCCUCUAUGAACCAAAGAAGGCUAGGCCCUAGAGAGGUGGGUGCCCAGGGAGCUGGCAGCACAGGAGGACUGGAACCAGUGCACCCUGCCAGCCUUCCGGACUCCUCUCUGGCUGCCACUGCCCCUCUGUGCUGCACCCUCUGCCACGAGCGGCUGGAGGACACCCACUUUGUGCAGUGCCCUUCUGUCCCUUCACACAAGUUCUGCUUCCCUUGCUCCAGACAAAGCAUCAAACAGCAGGGAGCUAGUGGAGAGGUCUAUUGUCCCAGUGGGGAAAAAUGCCCUCUUGUGGGCUCCAAUGUCCCCUGGGCUUUUAUGCAAGGGGAAAUUGCAACCAUCCUUGCUGGAGAUGUGAAAGUGAAAAAAGAGAGAGACUCGUGACUUUCCGGUUUCAGAAAAACCCAGUUAUAUUACCCUUUACUAAAACUGUUUGAAUUGUAUAUAUAUCUCCAUAUAUAUAUAUAUAUAUAUAUAUACACACACACAUAUAUAUAUAUAUAUAUAUCUCCAAGACAAGGGAAAUGUAGACUUUAUAAAACAUGGCUGUAUAAUUUUGAUUUUUUUGAAUACAUUGUGUUUCUAUUUUUUUUUUUGACGACAAAAGGUAUGUACUUAUAAAGGCAUUUUCUUCUUUUGUUAAUGUUAUUAGCAUAUCUUUGUGCUUUAUUAUCCUGGUGACAGUUACUGUUCUAUGUAGGCUGUGACUUGCGCUGCAUUUUUAGAGCACUUGGCAAAUCAGAAAUGCUUCUAGCUGUAUUUGUAUGCACUUAUUUUAAAAAGAAAAAAAGCCAAAUACAUUUUCUGACGUUGUAAGAUUGCCUUACUGUCUGUUAUUCCUUACUGCUGGCCCCUUUCUCACACUAGAGGCCAGUUGGUGGAGAAGGAAAGGAUAUAAGUCAAAGGGGCACUGCUGUGAAGUGGGCAUGCCGCUAGGAAAUAUCGAGUUUACCCCCAAAACAUCCUUCGGAGGAUGUCCUUCGGAGUAAAAGGAAAAUUUGUCUAUUUUGUGCUUUAAGUUUAAUUGUUGGGGUAAUGACAACCGCCUUAGAGGUGCUGCUGAGAUAUUUUCAGGACCUUGAUUUUUUUUUUUUUGAUGGGAUGUUUUUUAUGGGCAGAGUUGACCACUGUUCUCUGCCCACGUGAUAGGUUGUAAGACUACAAUGCGGCAUGCUAGUUGGUUACAUAAUACAACAAUUCAGUGAAGGAAGGCAGUGAUAAUGGUGGUCAUGUGUACAAGGUAGCACUGCCAUCUUUGAACAGAGCCUGGUUCUGUGGCAACCUUCCACCUUUUUAAACACCCUAGAGCUCUGUUUGUUGUUGCUAUUGUUUCCUUUUGAAAAGGAUCACAAGUUACUGUGCAAAUGAACUUGAUGAUUGAGCAUUGGUUUAGUUUCUGGUGUGUGUGUGUGUGUGUGUGUGUGUGUGUGUGUGUGUAUAAUACUCAUUUACCUGUAGUGCUACUGCUGUUGAUACGAUCACCUACACUCUGUUUCUAGUGUGUGCUAAAUACAGUAUGGUACAAUGACAGUAACCACUACGUGCUGCCAGGACUGCCCAUGGGCAUAUCAGUGACAGCCCAAAUGGAGGUGGAGGAAAUAUGUAAUUUCCUUCUUAAAUGUGUUUGAAAUACCUAUUCUUCUGGGGGAAAGUAGGAUAAUUUAGUGAAAAGCAAAGAAAGGAUUUUUACAUAAUAGGCAAGCCCCACCUCUCAAAACUAUUUUUAGAAGUCUUUUGUAAACUAAUUUCUUUUUAUCACUAUUUUGCAUCAGUAAAAUGAUUUUUUAAACCAGCAAAUCAUCACUUACUAGAAAUAGUUAUAUCACAGUGAUAAUUGGUUUUUCUUUUGUGCUGUUUUGACUUAACAUUGACAGGAACACUACUUUAAAGCCUUUUAUGUUCAGGUAUUUGUAACUUGGCCUUUUUAAUUAGGCUGAAUCCUCACUUCAAGGUCUACUACAACUUGUAUCUUUCACAACCUAGCUUCUGUUUUGAUUUGAAAAUGUUGACUGUUACUUUGGAUUUUUUUUUUGUCUUGUUUUUAAAAUUGCUCAAAAUAUUUUUUAAUGGUCGAGUUAUUUGAACUGAAAAUCAGAUACUGCAUCAAGUACAAUGUUUUUUGUAUUUUUUUUUUUUUGUGUGUGUGUGUGUGUGUGAGUGCAUUUCUAUUAAGGCUGUGCAAAUUCAUGUUACCAGUCAUGGUAUAUUACAAACAGACUUGCAUGAUUAACCAGUUUGUUGUUACACUUUUUUUAAUUGGAGUAUCUAUGACUCAGAUCAGACUGGUUUCUCUUAUGUAGAUGCACACAUGCAGAAACAGAGUCAAUAUUACAUGCCCAUAAAGACAUUUGUAAAGAAUUCAAUUAUUAUGGUCUGUUGUAUAAAUGUGUUUCUAGGCACUUUAUUAUAAAAUGGAAUUUGACCUCAUAUAUUACAAGUUGAUCAGUCAUUUGACCUACUUUGUGAGAGCUAGCUGUAUGUUUUGCAGUCUCAGUACAGAUAAGCUUUCCAAAAUGAUUAAUAAAGAACCAUCCUGUUA